AGGGAGGCUGUGUCACCUGACCAGGACUCCGGAGGGGCAAUGGCGGCGCCCGUGCUGCUCUGGUGCUGCCCUGGAAGGCGUUGGGCUUUAGCCUGCAUUGACCACAGUUCUCGCCGCGGAAGAGGGGCCCCGACAGGGUACCGGUGCAGUGGAAAAAGGGGGCAGAGCUCAGUGGCUCCGCAGCACCUCGUCACGGCCGGGAAGCCGAGGAAAGGUGAACACGAAUGGGCAGCUGUGGUAGGUCUGGAAAUUCAUGCCCAGAUCUCCUCCAAUUCGAAACUCUUCUCUGGAUCUCAAGUCCACUUUGUGGCACCUCCAAAUUCCUUGGUAUCAUUUUUCGAUGCAUCUCUGCCUGGAACUCUGCCGGUUCUCAACAGGAGGUGCGUAGAGGCAGCAGUGAUGACAGGCCUGGCCCUGAACUGCCGCAUAAACAAGAGGUCCUUGUUUGACAGGAAGCACUACUUCUAUGCAGACCUCCCUGCAGGCUACCAAAUUACCCAGCAGAGGCUCCCAAUCGCUGUGAACGGGAGCCUGGCCUACAGCGUCUGUGUGGGGAUGAAGCGGAGUCAGGUGAUCAACAAGACAGUGAGGAUCAAGCAGAUCCAGCUGGAGCAAGACAGCGGCAAAAGCCUCCACGAUGACCUGCGGUCUCAGACGCUCAUUGACUUGAACAGGGCAGGAGUCGGCCUUCUGGAAGUGGUCCUGGAACCAGACCUGUCCUGUGGAGAAGAGGCGGCCAUGGCGGUCAGGGAGCUGCAGCUGAUACUUCAGGCCCUGGGGACCAGCCAGGCCAACAUGGCAGAGGGCCAGUUGAGAGUGGAUGCCAAUAUAUCUGUGCAUCGCCCUGGGGAGCCUUUGGGUGUUCGAACUGAAGUGAAGAAUCUCAACAGUGCCAGGUUCUUGGCCAGAGCCAUAGAUUAUGAAAUUCAGAGGCAAAUCAGAGAACUUGAGAAUGGAGGCGAAAUUCUGAAUGAAACUCGCUCCUAUGAUUACAAGCUGGGGUGCACUGUGCCAAUGAGAGACAAGGAAGGAAAACAAGACUACAGGUUUAUCCCCGAACCCAACCUGCCUCCCCUGCUGCUCUACGACUCGGCGUCUCUGCCUGCUGGCGCAGACCCGCAGCAGGUGAUCAACGUUGACCAGAUUCGGGAGCAGCUCCCCGAGCUCCCCAGCGUGACCCGGGAGAAGCUUGUUCAGCAGUAUGGGAUGCUGCCGGAACAAAGCCUCACCUUGCUGAAUGAAGUUGGCCUACUGGAGUUCUUCCAAAAUGUGAUCAAAGAAACUAGGGCAGAGCCCAAAAAAGUGACUAGUUGGGUCCUCAACACUUUUCUGGGUUUUUUAAAGCAACAGAACCUUGCCGUCAGUGAGAGUCCUGUCACACCGUCUGCACUGGCCGAGCUCCUUGACCUGCUGGACAGGAAAGCAAUUUCAGCAGCAGCAGCCAAACAGGUGUUGAAGGAACUGUGGGGGAGUGAAGGGAAGACGCCAGCGCAGAUCGUUUCAGAGAAGAAGCUUGAACUGAUGCAGGACCAAGAGGCCCUGGAGCAGCUCUGCCAGGCCACACUGGAGGAACAUCCACAAGUGGUAAUGGAUGUGAAGAAGGGAAACCCCAGAGCUAUCAAUAAACUGAUUGGGCUGGUCCGAAAAGCGACUCUCAGCCGAGCAGAGCCCACUGUGAUCAAAGAGAUACUGGAGAAGAAGCUGUCGUCAUCGUGAGGUAGUUCGGGUCCCUCUGCCUGAGGGAGGCGGCACAGCCGGGACACAGGGCAGAGCCUUGAAACCCGGCGUCCCCGUCCCUGAGCCAGCCAGAGCAGGGGCCACACCUGACCUGUGCGCCUUGGGGGCCGCCUCGCCCCGUCUGUGUCGCUGGCGUCAAAGCCGCACCAGCUCAGCUGCAACUGGGGUUAAGACACAGCACAUUCCGGUGCUUAGUAAUUCUGAACUAAAGGAAAGGCACUGUUUCAAAUGCUGUCACCUUUCUAAGAAGAAUUUAUUCUGCAGUAUUUUUAGCCUCAAAAAUAGGUUGAUGGAGAGAAAGACUGAAGAAUAAAUCCACUGGUGGCGUAAACAUAAGGCUUGUUCAGCGAGGUCUCCCGAGGGCAGGAAAGGAGGCUGUUAGUCUUCUAUCAGGUAUCGGUACUGUUCAGCCCCUAGGGACUCCAGAAGGCAGUGCUCUGAAAAUGAAGAAUUUUUUUGUAAAGUAGACAACAGACGUUUUCAAAUAAAUUUAAUGAAUAAAAUAUAUACUGAAA